GCACUCAUUUCCGUCUCAUGAUUCUCGUCGGAUAUGCUUCUCAGCCUUUUGCAGGGUCUUCACCCUCUAUUUACGACAGUUUUAUUGGUGGUUCCAUGGUUAGUACAGACGCUGUGGGAUGUCCCCCAGAAUCACUUCUGCUUUGCCGAUCAUGUCAGCGUUCAAUGUAUUUUUUCGCUCAGCUAUAUUGCCCUUUAGACUUCUUGAGCUAUCAUCGAAACAUUUUUCUUUUUGUCUGUCUGCGGAAAUCGUGCCAAUCGGAAGGUUUAAACUGGGUGGUGUUGCGCUCUCAAUCGAUCGACAGUGGAUCGUCUCGAUUGCAAAUUCGUUCGGAGACCGAAUGGGCUCUCGACGAUGAUGAAACCGAAGAACCUCCUACAUCAGGCUGGAAAACUUCGCCUGGAAACACAUCUGUUCAAUGUACGUCGAGCGAUCUUCCACAACUCACUGGACCGUUCGCUGGUCGUUUCAUUAAUGUUUAUGAAGAACAAAACAUUGGAAACUCAAACGAGACUGACAUCUUACGUGCAACUGACUCUUCGCCUGCUCCAUCUUCUGUUGAGUCCCCCAACUUUGCAGAAUGGUUCGAAACGGCUAACGUCGAACUCGCAUUUGUGGAGGAAGAUGAUAAUGCCCCAGCUGAGGGUUUUUCUGGCGCCAUGUUUGAUCACUUAGCCAGCAGAGGGGAGUAUGGUUGCGAAGAUAUCCGUUACUCUUGGCGUGGAGUACCUAUUUUUAAUGGGUCACCUCCGAAAGAACUCCUACGCCACCUUACUUGUUCUCGCUGUGGUUCCCAUCGGGUAUUUGAAUUUCAAAUUUUCUCCGCUAUCAACAAUUGUUUGAAACUCGAUGUCGAUAAACUUCAUUCCUCGGUUUUAACGGCCAAUGUGGACUUGGUUGGUGAAGAUGUUGAUCCGUCCUGGUUACUGCAGAUAACGACCGUGUUAGUAUUUUCCUGCUCUUCUUCAUGUUGGACUACUUCAGACACGUGGGUCCCAGAAUGUAUCGUUGUACAAACGGAUGAAAACAAAACCUGCAUUCGAGUGGAUGAUCAUGUCGUAGUGUGUUCUUAGACUAACGCACUUGUUCAUUCCAAAGCCGAAUCUUGAGGCCUGCUGCAUGUUCUUAUCUGUCUCGAGCUUGCUUUCUGCUUCACAGGGAGUUUGCUUUAGUGUCCACAGACAAUAAAUCAUGGGAGACUACUUCAUCUAUAUCUUCUCUAUUUCUGCGGACUGCACUAAGGUUGUCUCUUUCCGUUCCUGGUGCUCUAAUACAUACGAAGCCCUUAUCCUCAUGUUGAUUCUCCGGUUAACCGUUGAUCGAGAUUGAAACGUCGUAAAGAUGACGAGGUAAAGCGUUUCCGUCACUUCUUAAUCAGAAAUUAUUAUUAUAUUUCACACUACUGGUGUUACUUGUUUGUAUCUUCUCUUUAUUACCACGGUUGGCGAACUUAAGUUGGUAUUGGAUAUUGAUCCGGUCAUCAGUUGAGCUAGCUGCAUCCGGUGACCGCACAUCUAUGCUGAAUGAUGUAUCUCAUAUUCUUGCACAUGCCAGCUUUCAAGGGGAUGUUUCCUGCUUCAAUCUUCAUGUUACAUUUCUACAACCACUUCAAGUGGAUACCAAUGAAACUGCAAGUCAUACUCUCUUGCUUGAUGUGCUACCCACCAUCGUCUAUCAGAAGCUAAACACAUGGGCAUUCCGAUGAAACCGUUCUCUCACAGUGGGCAUAUUAGCCAUACUGCCGGGAGAUCCCGUCGUCAUAUAUCUUUAUUUCGCUUUUAGUUCUUUACCGCUCUUCUCUUUAUAUGGAGGUAAAACUCCUGGUUCCAUCACCCGCGCAAACAAAGAAACCGCGAUCUCCAUUCUGAAGCACACUUAGUGUCAGAUCGCUCGUCGUGCGACAGUCAUUAUUUUUCUUCAAC